AUGGCCUGGCCAAGCAUCGUUGCUUUUGGCAAGGAUGAGUCUUCCUGGUUCCUCAAACUUGACGAUCCCACUGGACAUUGGUCCUCUCACGUCGGUUACAUCCCAGAGGAAUUGAAGACUGUGCUUGAGCCUGGUGGUUUAAUUCACGAAGUCGCUUUAGGGCCGGAUGGGGAGUGGUUCAUAAUUUUGGAUGAUGCGGACCGGUCAACCUUUUUCGGCAACACGUCCGAUUUGUUUGCUGCGGCGCUCCAUGCCACGAAGAACUCGGAUGGCAAGAUGCAGAUCUCCUGGGUUGCCUUUGGCCCACAGCAGUCGUUUUUUGUUCACCGCAUGGAUGGUGAGCCAUUUUGGCACGGCCUCCCAAAAGAAUUAGAGGAGCUGGUGGCGAAACGCCCACGGGAGGUGAAGCAUCUCGCGUUGGCUCGUCCCACAGGUUGGUGUGUGCUCUUCCACCACGGUGUUUGGAAGUGGCGCUUGCCACCAGAACAUGGGCUUUCAGACUGGCUGAAAAGCUCCGAGGUUUACACAUUGAAUCAUGUGUACUUCGGAAAUAAAGGCGAGUAUUUCAUCGAGACAAGGCAGCGUGCGCAGUGGAAUGCAGGAGAUUCGCUCAGCGAGGUCUUGUCGUAUUACUGCAACAGAAGCUCGCGAAAGGAAAAGGUCAAAUCAGCCCUUGCCGAGGGCACGACUUUGCCGCAAGAACAUGCAGAGCUCAUGACAGUUCUUAUGAAGGUGCUUGAGGAACAUCGUGAGGAUUGCUACUUCGACCAGCUCCUGGAAGCGAUCAAGAGCAAGCUGCUUUUCGAUCCGCAAUUCACCCGGCUGUAUUCCUUCAAUCCUGCCUGCUAUGGCCAACGAGGAGGAUACCCAUACUUCAAGCCAUGCGGAUGGCGUAGAUGUUCGCUUGCAAUCGACAAGUUCGAAGAGUAUUCAGGUUGGUGCAUCGCAUAUCAUGGGACAAGUUGCCAGAAUGUCGCAUCCAUCAUGCUCCGCGGACUCCGACGGCCAGGUGAUCAAGGCGUCUGUGUUGCGCAUGGUCAGGCUUACAGCACCAGCCACCGCACUAUUUACGUCAGUCCAGCAAUUGAGUACGCGGCUUUUCCAGUUUAUGCAGAGUUCUUGGAAAUUGAGACGAAUCACUGGGCACAGCUUGUUCUUGAGUGUCGUGUUCGUCCAGGUUCAUUCGUAGUGAAGCCUGGAUCUUUGGGGAAUAAAUAUUGGCCACCGCAUCUUCGCAUGGACCAAAACUUCGAGACGAAUUCUGAGCUGGAGUGGCUGAUUGAGGCCCCGGAGGAUGUCGCGUUCACUGGGCUCAUGAUCCGAGAGUUCGGAGACGCAGCAAGCGAAGAGGUCUACGGAAGCUUGGUGCGCCAAGUGACCGUGGGAAGCCAUGGCCCACAGUUUGAAUGGACAAAGCUGCGAGCAGCAGAGAGCGAGCGAUUGCAGUAUUAUGUCUGA